UGGAACGAAAUGCCAUGGUUGACGGUAUAGUGAGAUAAAAGUGCGUUUUCUUUAUAAACUAAAGUUCAUAUCGAUACUUCUUUUAGUAGUAAGCAAAUCAAAUGAUUGAUUUUCAAGUUUUCAGUUCGAAAUAGAUUCGAAGAUUACAUAAACACUACCUAUAAAGCACAGCUAGGCUAACGUGCGAAGGUUACGUCCACAAAUACAUCGUUUUUCUUCCAUCAUCUCAUAAUAAACCUGAUUGAGAAUUACGCAUAGAGAUGCGAAAGGAAGUGUGGUACAGAGACUAGUGUAGUGUAAACAGUGGCGCAUUCAAAAUAUUUUACAGAUGUAGCAACUGAGUACAUAGUUGAAAAAAGUAGCUGUUCCACAUGGACUACAUCCGGGAAUUCGAUAUCCGCCUGGAGAAGGAAAUGUAUUAUGCUGGUGAAACAUUAGUGGGCCACGUGAUCUUGGAUACCGUGGAAAAUUUCAAACUUAAGGCUAUCCGUGUACUGCUGCGUGGCACAGCGCAUGCUGAGUGGAAGGUAGUGGUCAGUGGAGAUCGAAGGACGAUAAAAGAUGACCAAGUUUUUCUGGACAGUAGAUCUGUCAUCUGGGGCAAAGAAAAGCUGGACGGUAUCGUUCCUAUUUUGACCAGAGGUCACCACUCCUUUCCGUUUAGGUUCCAGCUUCCAGAAAGUAGCCUCCCAUGUAGUUUCGAGGCUCGUCAUUGUACUGUCCGUUAUUACGUCAAAGUAACACUGGACAUCCCGUAUGCCUCUUCCCCUCAGGGUAUGAAGUAUUUCACAAUUAUAGGCCCACAUAUCGAUUGCAUGGAGGAGCAAUACUUGAAACCUAUGGUUGGACACGACAAACGCUCCAUCUGUUGCCUCUGUUGUAAACGAGGAAUAGUAAGUCUUCGAAGCGCCCUUGAGCGGUCAGCAUAUUGUUGCGGAGAAAGUAUUCGGUUAAAAGCAGAUAUAGACAACCAGAGCGAAGAAGUGGUUCGCCUCAAACUCAAACUUGUACAGUAUGUGGAAUUUUUCAUCGAUCGUGGGGUUCUCGGGAUCAACAAGGAGGCAAACCACACAGUUCUGGAGUAUCGGGGCGACCCUAUUGAACCCCAGACCAGGUCAAAAUUCGACAGUACGAACAGUCUUGUGGUGCCUGUUAUGCCCCCCACACUGAUAGGCAUCUGCCGUCUUCUUCAGAUCUACUAUGUUUUAAAGGUAUGGGUCGAGCUAGAAAAGUCUGGUGAUGAACUUCAUAUGAACUUUCCUAUAACUAUAGCAACGUGUCCUUUUCGUAUUCCAAACUCCAAACAGCAGCCACAGAUCGAAUACGACGUAUCCUGCGACCACGUAGAAGGGGGAUUAUAUAUCGGCCCCGAGUUCCAGCUUGGUCAAGUAUACGACGGAUCUUUCGGUAUCGAAGACGGGAAUUCUGUAGUUCUUUACCGCCCUGUAUAUGUCUGCGUCGUUCACAACCGUAACGACGCCACCUUUCCACAGGAAGAGCAAGACACCGGUCCCAGCACUAGCAGUCACCUUGUUCCACAUAGCAAGAAUAGGAAAUCAUCUUAUGAUAACGAUCACGUGACUCGAGCAUGAUAUCCUACAUUUAACCAAUGUUUCAGAAAAAGAUUCACUUCUUAUUUUAAAACGAGAAUGAAGCGAGCACGAAGGGCGAUUGUGUUAUAAAACUUUUGCCUUACGCUUGCCUAUAAUCUAGCUCCAGACAACGAGAGUAUUUUUUUUUUUUUUUUUAUAAUUUGACUGAUAAGAUAUUUUAUAUUGUGGCCAGCACUGUUUGUCAAUCUCGCAGUCACAUGAAUAUUUUAGACAGUGUUUUUUAUAUGCACAACUUUCCAGACUUCGCUUUCAUUAGCAUUUUUCUCGUCUUCUUUAGCAAAGGCUAGGAUUAUAUUUAUAAAAUUUUUCAUUAUUGUCGCCAUUUCUCUAACGAAGUCGAUUAUAUUUACCCACUUUUCAAUUCCUUUGCGGUCAACUGCUUAUCAUUUCAAACGGUAUUUUUGAGGUCAUUUUGUAAGAAAUGUCAGGAGUGGCAUCAUACUAAAGCUCAAUAUAUUACGAACGUACGAAAGGAGCAAAUGUUUUAUGUUGAUCACAUGUCAAGGUAUAAAAUACUUAUUUUACGCUAUAUCAGAUUUUGAAUAAAGGUCAUGUUAUGUUCGUUUUAAUUCACGCCAACUUUUCACAUGCUUCCCUAACUGUUGUUUUUGGUAACAGAAUUCAUUAAAUGGCAUAUAAAUGACAAAUUAUGAAGUGUAAAAACAUUUUCUUUUUUUUUUCAAAUCCGACUAGGUUUUAUUGUCCAUUUGAAAUAUCGAGAAGCAGUUGGUCAUCAGGAGUCAGCAGGCAAAAAAAAAGAAUCAAAUGAACGUGCGUAUUUUUAUAUAUACACUCUUGUGUCAAUUUGUCAUCAUUUACGCCUUUGCAACAAGUAUCGAUCACCAUAAACUAUCUGUACCAUACAAUACAUUCUAAUUAUAAGUAGCCCCCCCUCCCCAGUGGCACAGCGGUAUGUCUGCGGACUUACAACGCUAGAA